GCUUUCCUCACCAUGUCCAAGAUGCCGGCCAAGAAGAAGAGCUGCUUCCAGAUCACUAGUGUCACCACGGCCCAGGUGGCCACUAGCAUCACCGAGGACACUGAGAGCCUGGACGACCCGGACGAGUCACGUACAGAGGACGUCUCCUCCGAGAUAUUCGACGUUUCUCGGGCUACGGAUUAUGGCCCUGAGGAGGUCUGCGAGCGCAGCUCCUCGGAAGAGACGCUGAACAAUGUUGGGGAUGCGGAGACUCCCGGGACCGUCUCCCCAAACCUCCUCCUGGACGGGCAGCUGGCGGCCGCGGCGGCUGCUCCCGCCAACGGAGGAGGAGCCGUUUCGGCCCGGAGCGUGGCUGGGGCGCUGGCCAGUACCCUGGUGGCGGCCGCCACCUCGGUCCCCUCCUCCGGGGCACCUGGUGCCCCGCCGGUCGCGGGCUCGUCUGCCGGGCCAGGGACCGCAGCCGCAUCACAGCCCCCCACCACUUGUAGUUCCCGUUUUCGGGUGAUCAAGCUGGACCACGGGAGCGGGGAGCCCUACCGCCGCGGCCGAUGGACGUGUAUGGAAUACUAUGAGCGGGAUUCAGACAGCAGCGUCCUGACCAGGUCCGGGGAUUGCAUUAGGCACAGCAAUACUUUCGACCAGACUGCGGAACGGGACAGCGGCCUGGGCGCCACCGGAGGGUCGGUGGUGGUGGUGGUGGCCUCCAUGCAGGGGGCGCAUGGGCCCGACUCGGGAACUGACAGUUCCUUGACUGCUGUGUCACAGCUACCCCCGUCGGAGAAAAUGAGCCAGCUCGCCCCGGCCCAGCCGCAGAGUUUUGGCGUUGGGCAGCCACAGCCACAGCCACCGCCGCCCGUAGGUGGGGCUGUGGUUCAAAGCGCGGCUCCAGUGCCGCCGUUCCCGGGAGCCGCGACCGGGCCGCAGCAAAUGAUGGCAGCCCCGCAGCCGAGCCAGCCCCAGGGAACGGGCCCCGGCGUCCUCCCGCAGGGGCCCAACGGACAGGGGUUGCAGCUGACGAAUGUAACCCUGACGCAGCCCGGCGUGGCCCUGCCGCAGCAGCCCGGCCCAGCCGUCAGCGCUCCUGCGACGCAGCAGCCCCAGCCGUUCGCGUACCCCCAGCCUCAGCUACCGCCCGGACACUUGCUGCCAGUCCAGCCCGCGGGUCAGAGUGAGUACCUACCGCAGCACGUGGCCGGCCUGCAGCCACCUAGCCCCGCGCAGCCCUCCUCCACCGGCGCCGGAGCGAGCCUUGCCACGGCUGCCAGCCUUCCAGUGGGCACGGGCCAGAAUGCCGCCUCGGUGGGGGCGCAGAUAAUGGGCGUGUCUUCCUUGCCCAGUGAAGUUGUGGCCCCGGGGCCGGGACCCGCGCCGGGCGGACAGGCCGCGCCUGGUCAGCCGGCCGGAGUGCCCUUGGCUGCUGUGGGAUGCGCCGUGCCGCCGGGCCUGGUUCCCCCUGGGACCGGGCAGCCCCAGUCCGUGCCUCCGCCGCAGAUGGGUGGCAGUGGUGCGCCGUCAGCCGUGCCUGGCGGCCCCCACGCCGUGCUGCCCGGAGUUCCAAACGUGCCUGCAGCCGUGCCCGCUCCAAGCGUGCCUAGUGUGUCUACCACCUCUGUUACUAUGCCAAAUGUACCCGCGCCUCUGGUCCAGCCGCAGCAGCUGAGCAGCCAUACGCCAGUCAGCAGGAGCAGCAGCAUAAUCCAGCAUGUUGGGCUGCCCUUAGCGCAAGGCACACCCAGUGCACCAACAAGUCUACCACAGUCUGACCUAAGCCAGUUUCAGACUCAGACCCAACCUUCAGUCGGGCAAGUUGACGAUACUAGAAGAAAAUCAGAACCCCUACCUCAACCACCACUUUCUCUCGUUGCUGAAAAUAAGCCUGUUGUGAAGCCUCCUGUUGCAGAUGCCCUGGCAAACCCCCUUCAGUUAACACCUAUGAACAGUCUGGCCACCUCUGUAUUCAGCAUAGCUAUUCCUGUUGAUGGUGAUGAAGACAGGAAUCCUUCAACUGCUUUCUACCAAGCGUUCCAUUUGAACACGUUUCAGGAAUCAAAGAACCUCUGGGAUAGUGCAUCUGGGGGAGGUGGUGUAGCCAUUGACAACAAAAUAGAACAAGCAAUGGAUCUGGUGAAAAGCCAUUUGAUGUAUGCAGUAAGAGAAGAAGUGGAAGUUCUAAAGGAACAAAUAAAAGAAUUAGUUGAAAGAAACUCUUUACUUGAACGAGAAAAUGCACUGUUAAAAUCUCUUUCCAACAAUGAUCAAUUAUCCCAGCUCCCAGCCCAACAGGCCAAUCCUGGUAGCACUUCUCAACAGCAAGCAGUGAUAGCACAGCCUCCGCAGCCAGCGCAACCUCCACAGCAGCCGAAUGUCUCCUCAGCAUAAAGCUUUCUUGCCUCAUUAAGAAAAAAACUGAAAGCAAUCUAUCCUUGUGUGCCACUGGUAUUCUUUCCACUUUAUACGAAAGCAAGUAGCCAUGCUUCGGUUGUGUGUUUGGCCUUUUCAGUAUUAGACAAUCAUUCUACAGGAGCUUUUCCUCCCUUUGAGAUGUCAUGCAGCGCUGUUGGUGUCCCGUUUUAUGUCAUCAGUACACGAGGAGUAUAAUAGAUGGGGUUUAUUAAAGCAAGCAAAGUCUGCAUUUUACCUGGUGCGCAUGAGUGGGGUCUUUUAAGAGCUUUGGUGGCUCUCGUUUUUCCUGUCAUCCAUGGAUUUACCCUGAGCCUUCCUAUCACAUUCUAAAUAACAGUUCAUCUAAAGAGCCACUUUUCUUUCAAUACCAGUAACAUUUGCCUACGUAAGUUUUCAUUUAUUUGUGUUUUAUUUAUUACAGGGCUGCUAUUUUCAUAAUGUACAUGAACAAUGUCACAGAACUUUUUUAAUUUUUUUUUGAAUAAUUAUAAGUGUCAGUAAAGAAUUUGAAAGACAGGAUUGCAUUUAAUAGAUAAAACGUUUAGGCAAUAAUUGAACAAAAGAAUCCUGGCAUAUUUCUAACACUAAUGGCAAUUUACCUUCGGUAUUUAUUUUCAGUAGUAAAGACCCAGCUUGAAUGUAAAUUUUGUAUAGUGUAAGUAUGAAGAACAUAGUGCAACUGUACAGGUAGUCACCAGUUAUUGUGAUAUAAUAAAUAAUUGGGCUAUUUUGAUGAAGAAAACUUUGUUCAUUUGUUUCUACUUUCUAAUAGAGAAAUUGCCACGAUUCCUCUGCUUUUUGACAUUUCGUAUGACUUUCUUUUUUCGGGUGGGAAUAAAAAGCUGUGAAAUUGUUCAACCUACUUUGUAACCAAAGAAGCAAAGCUGUGUAAUGGAGUUUUUUUUAUAAUGCACAUUCUUUAUGUAUUUUUAUUUAGUGUUUUCUCGGUCACAAUUUUCUUUGCUGUCUAGCAUGAUCUGCAUGACCUAUAAUCUUUGAACCACUUUCGUACCUCAUGUUUUUAUCCAGCACUCUUAUUGUAAUAUGUACUAGUCUGUGAACAAUGUCAAAUAAAAAAGAACGAACAGGUAGUAUGGUGGAGCUGAGCUAGUGUACUAUACACUAGUUGUAAAAAAAAAAAAAAAAAAAAAUGAAGUGAGCCAUCUUUUGUUCAUUUAAAAUGGUGUUUUGAAUUUCGUAUGCAGAAAACGUUUUGUUACAUUGCAGAUUUUAAUGUAUUUAAUAAAUGCAACAUGCAGAUUAAGUGCAGUGUAUACUGAGUAUUUAAAUUAAAAUGUACAUUUCAUAAAUACAGUUUCAAGAGAAAGCAUCAUUUUGUGUAUACUAACACAUUAAGUGUAUGUCAGAAAUUGAUGUAUAAAUAUAUAUUUUAACACAUUUUCUGAAAUUAAACUGCAGUUUUGUUGAAA